AAUUACAGAGAGAGGAGGGAAAGGACGAAACGAGAGCGAGUGGUGGCUUCGACUUACAAUCGAAUGGAACAAACAACGGAGAGAUCCAGAGCAUCAAUGGAGGAUCUCCCACCAGGUUUUCGUUUCUAUCCAACGGAGGAAGAGCUGAUUACGUUUUAUCUGGGUAGCAAGCUCGAAGGGAAGAGAGACGAUUUGGACUGCGUAAUUCCAGUGCUGGACAUUUACGAGCUUGAUCCAUGGCAGCUACCACAGCUUUCAGGAGUGCUGUGCCACGGAGACCCAGAGCAGUGGUUCUUCUUCACUCCUAGACAAGAGCGAGAAGCUCGGGGAGGGAGACCUAACAGAACCACGAAUUCUGGAUACUGGAAGGCUACGGGCUCUCCUGGUUACGUGUAUUCAUCCAACAGUCGAAUUGUUGGUCUGAAGAAAACCAUGGUUUUCUACAAAGGCAAAGCACCCACUGGAAGAAAAACCAAGUGGAAGAUGAAUGAGUACAAAGCCAUCCAAGCAGAAGCUACUUCAUCCAACAGUGCAACUCCAGUGUUAAGGAAAGAAUUCAGUCUGUGUCGAGUCUACGUGAAAACCGGAUGCUUGAGAGCUUUUGAUCGACGCCCUGACGGAGCCACAACAAGCGAGGCGCCCGAGCAGCAAGCUCAUCAUCAUGUGGAUAGGAGCACAGCAUUUCAUCAGAAUCCUCCAUCGGUGGAUAAAACCAGCAGCUCGCCUGAGAGAUCACCCUCCGGCGACGUCCAUGCUUAUCAGUCUGAUCAGCUUGGGGACUUUAUUAAUUGGGAGAUGGCUGACGAUUUCCAUCCUAUAUGCCCAUGGGAAUUGGAUCAGUUGAACUGGGUCUAAAGGGGAAAAACCCAAAAAUGAAAAGGAAAAAAAAAAAACAAACAAACGGGUCUCCUCUCAUUGACAGAAUCUAACCAUAUAUUGACAAAAGAAAAAAAAAAACAAGGAUCAGGGAAAGGAUAUAGGAAUUUUACAUUGCUCUUUACUACCAAAAGAAUAUACUGUUUUACUUUUAAUAUGAUUUAAUUUGGUUUAUUUUUCUGGGGGGAGGGAGAAUGGAAUUGAAUUGAAUCGCAAGAAAUGUAAAUUCCAUUCAUGGUGGAAAUUGAUUUGUUUGUGAAAUACAAUACAUGCAAUUUGCAUUAGGAAA